CGAUUCAUUCAUCCUGCUCACUUGGUACAGUUCAGUUGACAGUUGACAGGCGACUCGCAACUCGUACAGUGUCCAACGACGUGACGAUCGAGCCCCUUGUUCUCCCAUAAUAAGAUCGAACUUAGGAAGGCAGCAAGUUGUGAACGCAGCAAAAACGAUAUUGUGCAUAUUGUGUGUACUGUAGUGAACGGUCCCUGAAAGUCUAACUCAACAAAACCCGCGGUUCGAAAACCAUUCAGCGCGCGUGUUGCAGAUCAGAAAGUGAAACCGAACCGAUAAUCCCGAUGGCGCACAAGAUGAAGUUCUUCGGCACCUUACUCCUGAUGACGUUGGUCGUGCUGAGCGUGGUGCACCUUACACGGCAAGCGUCCGUGUCCCUGCAGGUACUAUCCCGUGCUGAGCGAUCUACCUCCAACUACACGCUGGAGAAAAAAUGUGAAAGCAACUCACCGUGCGGUUGGGCCAUCUACUCAACCGUGACCAGAUUUAUCGAAAAGUUCGAAAAAAACACUUGCGACUGCCCAAAACCGUUGCUGUGCAUCCGGACGGAGGACGACAUCACUACCGGCACGUACGUGUACCGCUGUCGAGAAGGCAGCAACGGCAUAGCGUCCUAGUCCCAAGAUUAAGCUUUCCGCGACAUCCUGAUUGGUGCCCCAAAAACGCAUUCAAUGGAACUUCAAACUCCACCGUUAAAGACACGCGAUGCGUGGCCUGCGGCCGCCUCGGUUGUAUAUUUCUAACUCCUAAAUAUUAUCCAAACAAACAACUAUCUAUGUGUAGGGAGGACAACGACACGGAGGAGCAACACAAAAUACUCUAAGAGCAUUGUUUAGCGUGUAAGGCAGUAUGUAAGAAACACACAGAGAAGCAGAAUGGCUAGCUCUAGUGCCGCUGAUUUUGGGUGGAUGAGUGAAGGUUUUGCGGGUUUUUAUUUUGUUGCAGCCACAUAUUUAAAACAAACCAACAGGAACUGCACUUAUUUAUAUGUUUGCUUAGAUGCUUCUCCCGUUUUAUUUGUUCUAUAUCCUUCUCUUCUUCCUUGGCAUUAUUUGGUUUUCCAAGCUGGGCAUAUCUAAUAUGCCGCCUCGUUUAUUUGCAGUGAAAGUAUAGUUUUCCUCUGUAAAGUCACUAUCGCGAGACUUACAAUCCAUCCUUACUACCUUAGCCCAGAUAGCGUUUCCCGGGGACGGUGCGUCAUAUUGAUGCUGUCCGCUCGACAUUUUAAAUCCGCCGGCUUUAAGCACUGUUAAGCAUUGCCCAACUCCUCAUACGCUCAAGUUUCAUCUUUCCUGGUUAUGCGCACGUAAACAAGGUGUCCCCGCAAGAUGGACGAUAAAAUGAAUAUUAAGGCUUCUCGACUAUUAAGAUAAAAUUUGAAAUCGUCAUGUCUCAUCAGCGAAAGGAGAGAGGAAGGGAGAGAAAGAGAGAGAAAGACGAUAGCUUCAUCUAGCUUUUAAGGCAGCACCUUCCAAUACCAAUGUGGAGAACCUAAGAAAGCUCGGUACCCAGAACCAUCCUUUUUUGUCUAGCCUAGCAUAGUAGUAUUAGCGUUUGGUCCAAAAGGGAAGAUAGCGGGAGUUCACCACGAGUUUUGUCCUUUCUGUGCGAAUUCUUUUUAUUUUGUCAAAUUAUUGUUCGUACUUAAGAUAAUGUUUGCAUGUAGGAUUUUUACAGUACGGUGCAAAAUACUGAUAAGCAGGGAGGAUUCAACGAGGAGGAAGCACAACUGCUGGAGGUCGCAACCAAUAGUUUCUCAACUUCUUUGAAAGUAAUACUAGAUCCAAGGUGUAUCUAACUAUUUCCGAUGUUACAGACACAGCUUGAAGUAGUGUAAUGGCACAUCCCACCUCUCCAGAUAACUACUCUACUACAGACAGUAUUCAACUUGAAUCCCUACAGCCUCCCUCCAGCCUAUACUAUUAAAGAGAACCAUUUCAGCAGCAGGAGGUACUCAAGCUACUCUUAUAUCAAUAACGACAGCAAUGAUUUUGGGAUGUCAAAUAAAAGCAUGUGAAACUAAUAA